AGUUAGCUUCAUAUGUUUGAGGGGAUACCUAGAGCUGUGGCUUAAUCAUGUUAGCAGUUGCCACAUAUAAAAAUAGACAUACUAUAUGUGAUGGGAAUGCGCAUAGUACUGUAAUAGGCUCACUCUGAAGAACUGCUGGCCUCUUUCUCUGACUUGGUGAUUGUGGGAGGUUUCUCAGGUAAAUUGAUGCAGUUAUUUCUAAAUAAACUGAAUUUAGUAAAUGGUUAUUAUUUUAAUGUCAAAGUUCACUUGAACACUCCUUCCACAGUAAUCUCAAUAUGAGUGAACAAUAUUAGUGCUGGUCUCAAAUUUCAAAAACAAGGUACUUGAGGGGCUGGAGCAAUGAUAGCCCAGCAGGUAGGACCUUUGCCUCGCACGCAGCCAACCUGGGUUUGAUCCCCACCACCCUACAUAGUUCCCUGAACAAGGUACUUGACAGAAAUCAAGAUUGUGUUCAUCUUGGGGCUGGAGUGAUAGAACAGCGGGUAGGGCAUUUGCCUUGCAGGCGGCAGAUCCAGAUUCGAAUCCCAGCAUCCCAUAUGGUCCCCCCGAGCACCGCCAGGAGUAAUUCCUGAGUGCAUGAGCCAGGAAUAACCCCUGUGCAUCGCCGGGUGUGACCCAAAAAUCAAAAGCCAAAAAAAAAAAAGAUUGUGUUCAUCUUGCUUUUGCUUCCCCAGAGCAUGACACAGUCAGCUUCAGGAAGUGUUUGGGAAAUGGUGAGUUCAUGGAAACACAUAUUAUGUGUAUUAACACAUACUAUCUACAAAUAACUGAUAGGUGAGAAGGAUUGUAAUUAAUUAAGGAUUGUAAUUAAUUAGGUUUGAAGAACAGACUAAUUCCAGGUUUAAAGAAGACAUUUUUUUUUUUUGCAUUAAAAAAUAUUGUAUUAAUCACUGAGUUGGAGAGAGAUCUUUUUAAUAUACCUUCAUUUGUUUCUUGGAUUUCUUUGAUUUCCAGGUUGAAUCUAUACAAAAGAUAAUACAGAUGUGUGUGUGUGUGUGUGUGUGUGUGUGUGUAUGUAUGUUGCUCUGGAGCACUUUUCAGUUUCCUUUAAGCAUCCUGAAUUGUCAUCUCACAACAUGAAAUACGAGGCUAGUCUAAAUACUGAUGCGAAAAAAAUGAAGGCAUAAGACUGAGAACAUUCAGACCUGGGAAUACUAAGUGAUGUUUAAUAAACUUCCAAAUUUGCUCAGUUUUUAAUGUUAGGUUUCAAUAGACAACUGGGUUAACUGCCUGAAAAUUUUCUUUUGAAGAUUCUAAUCUGAGUGCUGACAUGGGAGUAAGAAUUGGUAGAGAAAAGCCCUAUUUUUCAGCUGAUUUUUGCUUGUCUCCCAGAGUUUGAAUGUAUGUGAGCCUUCGUUGCCAGCAGUGCUUUGUUUUUUCUUGUUUAAAGUGUGUCAAACUUAAGGCAAAAUAUUUUAGUUUUAUGCACUAAUACUGACAAUUGAAAAUAAUAUUCCAAAAAGUUCCAAUUUAUGGCAGUAGGUUUGGGGAUGGGGAUGCUUUGGGGCCACAACACCAAAUCUGGCCAGGAUGUACUCUGCACUCCGUGAGAACUCUAUAUGGUGCUGGGAUUGAACUCGGGUCUGCUGUGUGCAGGCAAGUACCCCACUCCUCACCUCCUCAACUAUCUUGAUGGCUCUGUGCCAGAAAGUUUGAUUCAGUGUUUUCAUUCAUUUCUCUUUUUACUUAUUAUGGAACUGUGGUUCUUUAUGUUCAUCCACCAGAGGAUGUUUGGGGUCCUUUCCAGUGACCUGCAUGAUCAGCAAGCUAGGUAAUGCUAAGACAUUCAUUAUUUGCUAUUUUUCAAUUGUGUUGAAAUUUUGUAUCAAUAGUACAAAAGCAAUGAUAGGUAAAAUUACUGAGCCUUUACCAGGAAUCAAAGUAAUGUCAAUAAUUUGUAUAAUAUGUAUAUAUUAUAUAUAUAACAAUAUGUAUAUAUAUUUGAGGGAGUGGUGGGGUAGGGGUUACACUCAGCAGUUAAACUUUUAACUGGUUAUUCCCAGCUUGCGCUCAGGAAUCCUGUUUUUUUAUUUAUUGUUUUUGUUUUGGGGUCACACCCAGCGGUGCUCAGGGGUUCAUCCGGGCUCUGUGCUCAGGAGCCAUUCCAGGCAGACUCCAGGCACCAUAUGGAAUGCCAGGGAUUUAACCCAGAUUGGCUGCAUUCAAGGCAAAUGCCCUACCUACUGUACUAUCUCUCUGGCUCUAAUAAAGUCCAUUUUUUUUGGUUUGUUUUGCUUUUCAAGUAAAAUAAUUUAAUUUAGAGAAACUUAGAAUAUGAAAGAAGGAGAAAGUCUUAAAAAAGAGGCAUAUUCAAGAGAGAACAUGGAUUUCUGCAGAAGAAAAAGCAAAGAUUGAGGGGCUGGAGAGAUAGUACAGUGGGUAGAGCAUUUGCCUUACACGCAGCUGAUUGAUAUGGUUCCCUGAGCACUGCCAGGAGUAAUUCUUUGAGUGUCACCAGGUGUGGCUCAAAAAACAAAGUAAGGCAAAGAGUGAAUGUCAGUUUUUUAAUUAAUUUCUAAAUAGUUUAUAAUUUUCAUUUGUAUUUUUUCUUUCAGUCAAGGAAUCCUACUUACAGCCUUCUAGAAUUUAUAGCAUUAUAGUCAACAUAUUUUGUGACUUGUGCUAUUUUAAUUGAUAAAGUUUGGUUUUAAACAUGAAUAAUUAUUUGAAUUUUCAUGUGUCUCUUAAAGCAAAUGUUUGAAUGUAUAUAUUUUAAUAUCAAAAUUAACACAAGUUUAUAAAUUGUGAUGCCUAUAGUUACCUUUUCUCCAGUUUUGUAUUAGUGAUUUGUUUUUAAUUUCCUUAUCUGAUGCUUUGUAUUAAGGAUUGUCUUCAUAUUUAUUAAUUUACAUUGUGUUUAACACAUGUACUGUUAGGUCUGUGAUAUAAAUGUAGAUAUAAUAUAAAUGUAAUGUAGGCAAAAUUCCAUUGUGUUUCCCUAGCAGAAGAAAUAAGACUUGUUUAAAAUUAGUACUCUGAUCAGAAUUUUAUGUUUAUGUUAGGAAGCACUUCACCAUGUAUUUUCAUCAACUUUCAUUUAAUGUAAGGCUAUUUCAUUUAGAGUUGUAGAAUUUUUAUUAACAUUUCUUCCAAAUGUAUUUUCCCUCUUAAAGUCAUGGAGGAGGGGCUGGAACAAGGGUACAGUGGGCAGGCACUUGCCUUGCACACGGCCAGUCCGGUUUCAAUCCUUAGCAUCACAUAUGGAUCCCUGAGCCCAAUAGGAGUGAUCCCUGAAGAUUGCCAGAUGUGGCCCCGAAAAUCCAAAUAAAUAAAGUAAUAAAGCAAACUUGGCGGGGCUGGAGUAAUAGCACAGUGGGUAGGGCAUUUGCCUUGCACACGGCUGACCUGGGUUCGUUUCCAGCAUCCCAUAUGGCCCCCUGAGCACCAUCAGGAGUAAUUCCUGAGUGCAGAGCCAGGAAUAACCCCUGUGCAUCGCCAGGUGUGACCCAAAAAGCAAAAAAAAAAAAAAAAAAAAGCAAAAUUGGGUCCCAUUCAUUGCUUCUAAUUAUCAUUUUUCUUAAUCUUCUGAAAUAUAAUUAAAUGGAUUGUUUUCUAGAGCCGUAUUAAAGCAUUUGUAUUGAUUGAAAAAUAAAAUUUCAAACUAGCAUGGCAACAGAAAUAUCACAUAGAAGUGUUAGUGUGUCAUUGUUUUAAUAGAGGUUAUAUUUAUUUUGUUUCUUAUUUUUGAGUCACACCCCACAAUGCUCAGGGGUUACUCCUGGCUCUGCACUAAGGAAUUACUUCUAGUGGUGUUUGGGGGACCGUAUUGUUACACCAGGGAUGGGUUCCUGGGUCUGCUGUGUGUAAGGUAAGCACCCUAUCACUCUGGCCCUGGUUUUCCAUUUUUAAUGGAAGCAUUAGGAGACUGUUAGGCAGGAAGGUCAGAGGAACUAGUUUCCAGUUUUCCAGUUCUUUAAGUAUCACUCUUAGAGCAAAGGGCUAGAGAUUGCAGAUCCUUUUUGCUUUUUCAGAAACAUCAAGUCAGUUAAGUGUCAGACUGAGACCCAUUUUCUUUUCUUUUUUGUUCACUUCUUUUCUUUUUGUGGCUUUUUUUCGGUCACACCUGACGAUGCUUAGAUUUUCCUCCUGGCUCUGCACUCUGAAUUACAACUUGAGGUGCUCGGUGGACCAUAUUGGAUGCCAGAUAUUGAACCAGGUGGCUUUGUGCAAGGCAAACCCUCCCGGCUGUCCUAUCACUCUAGCCACUAAAACCCAUUUUCAAGACUUUUGAAAGGUUUUGGAAAUUGACUUCUUUGUUCUUCAGUCUGCUUCCUGAAGUUUAAAGUGUCUCCCCUUUCUGGUUUUUCGUAUCUUCAACAUUGCAUAAUCAAUGUCCAGUAAGUCACGGUUGAAAUGAUUAGUAUAUUUCUAGAUUAGGCCCUGAUGGAGAGUCCUACCACCAUUUGUUUUAGCUGUACAUACAUUUAGCCAGUCAAGGAACACGCCACUCUACUAGAGAUUACUACUAGAAACACAUGUUGCAUUUGGUCUUAUGAGGAGGAUAAAAACUUACUAGUUGCAAACUAGAUGUUUCUCUAAAGACAUAGAUAUUGCUAGUCAAGAAAGGCACCGGUCUUAAACUCCUAGAGUGAAAUGGGGUUAGAUAAUGAUCUAGACACACCUACCCACAUAUAACUUCUCAAUCCUCAACUCAAAGGCCACCCCAGUCGGCCUCACUUCCCCUCAGAACCCCUCAACGCCAGGUCCACGAUCUGUCACACAACGACCUUUUAUCCCAGGGUGUACACACCCGCGCUGCAACCGUCACAGCCAAAGUGUCUCCCCCAAGCAUCCCAUCACAGUCCCCCAAAUCCUCACACAGUUGCCGCAGGUCACUCUGCUGGCUGAGCCCACCCAAGGCGGCACCUUCUAGUCCCGUUACUCACACCACGGCUGUGGGCUGCGCAGGCGCGAAGCAGAGGCGGGGGGCGGGGUGGGGGCUCAGGGGCCCUCUGGGAAAUGUAGUUCCACGAGAUGAGUCGCGGUGCCAAGCCUGCUGGGGCUGGUAGUGUUUGUGGAGCCCCAAGGAAAAGCCGAGGAGCUCUUUCCGGACCGGGUGGCAAGUCAGUAUCCCAGCCGAACUCUUCGGUUCCGCCCCGCUCUGCCCUGCGGGGGUUUCUGUGAGGUGACGUCGUGAGUCUCCGGUCGCUAGGAGGGUUCCGAACACUAACGACAUCCGGAGGACUUCAUUCUCCGUAAGAAAGAGCAGAAGAAAUAAGGAAAGAAUGGCUGUUGGACUUUGUGAAGCCAUAUCUUGAGAAGUGAUUGCUCUGAAGUAACUAACCAUGCAAAGGACAUUAAGGAGAAGAGAAAAACAAAAUUUACAAGUCAGCAGAGUCUGAUCACUGUGCUCGCUUUGGCAGCACAUAUACUAAAAUUGGAACGAUACAGAGAAGAUUAGCCUGGCCCCUGCACGAGGAUGACACGCAAAUUCGUGAAGCGUUCUGUAUUUUUGGACUGGAGCGAUAGCACAGUGGGUAGGGCAUUUGCCUUGCUCACAUCCGACCCUGGUUCGAUUCCUCUGUCCCUCUUGGAGAGUCUGGCAAGCUAACGAGAGUAUCCUGCUCACACGGCAGAGCCUGGCAAGCUCCCCAUGGCAUAUUCAAUAUGCCGAAAACAGUAACAACAAGCCUCACAAUGGAGACAUAACUGGUGCCCGCUUGAGCAAAUUGAUGAACAAUGGGAUGACAGUGCUACAGUGCUACAGAGUCUGAUCAGGAGGCAAAGGGGUUGGUAACCUUCAGGGAUGUGGCCAUAGAUUUUUCCGAAGAGGAAUGGGAAUGGCUGGACUCAUCUCAGAAAGAUUUACACAGAGAUGUCAUGUUGGAGAACUACAGGAAUUUGGUAUGGCUUGGACUCUGCCUCGCUAAACCCAACAUGAUCUUACUGGAUCAAGGGAAAGGACCAUGGACAGUAGCGAGAGAGGUGUCAGGGGGGCAGUAUGCUGGUUUGGAGCCUUGGUGUGAAAUUAAGGAAAUAUCUCGAAAGUGGUAUAUUGAUGAAGUGAAAAUAUCCCAGGCAAUGGUAAUGAAAACACUUGCACGUUAUGUCCCUGAAUGCUGCAGUUUCAGAAAACCCUGGAAAUAUGAGGGUGAAUUCAAGCUGCAUCAGGGAAAUAAAGAGAGUCAUUUUAGGCAAAUGACACCUCUUAAGGAACUCCCUGCUGUGAGAAGAGGCAAUGAAUAUAAUAGUUAUGAGAGAAGGAUUCUCUUUAAGUCAGUAAUUUUAACACAACAGAGACAUCCCAUAAUAAAGCAAGUGCAUACAUUUGAUAUUCAUGAUAAAAUUGUUCUCCCAAAUUCAGUCCUAAUUGCGCAUAAUAGACUACGUGCAGAGAAGAAACACUUGCUAAGUAAUGAGUGUAAAGAAUUCAACCAGAAUACAUACAUUCAUAAACAUAUAGGAAUCCCUCAUGGGGAGAAACCUGAAAAUAAUGGUUUUUCAAAUCUCUUCAGUUUCCACUCAUUCCUUGUCCAACAUCAAGCCACUCACUUUGGAAAAUUACCCCAUGGAUAUGAUGAAAGUGAUAAUGCCUUUAGAUGUUACUCUUUCUUUACUCAACCUCAGAGAAUUCAUGGUGAAGAGAAACAAUAUGAAUGCAAUGACUCUGGAAAGGCCUUUAGCCAUAACUUCUUUCUCAGUGAGCAUCAGAAAACUCAUAUCGGAGAGAAACCAUAUGAAUGUAAGGAAUGUAAUAAAGCCUUCAAACGGAGUGCACACCUUGCUCAACAUCAGAGAAUCCAUACCGGAGAGAAACCCUUUGCAUGCAACGAAUGUGGGAAGACCUUUAGCUAUCGCUCUCACCUUAAUCAAUAUCAAAGAAUUCAUAUCGGAGAAAAGCCCUAUGAGUGCUUUAAAUGUGGGAAAUUUUUUCAGACUGACUCACAACUUAAUCGACAUCACAGAAUUCAUACUGGAGAAAAACCUUUUGAAUGCAGUAAGUGUGGGAAAGCCUUCAGCGAUGCUAUAAUUCUAAUUCAUCAUAGGAGAAGUCAUGCAGGAGAGAAACCCUAUGAAUGCAACAAAUGUGGCAAGACCUUCAGUUGUGACUCAUAUCUUAAUCAACAUCAAAGAGUUCAUACUGGAGGAAACCCUAUGUGUGUAAUGACUGUGGGAAGGCUUUCCAUCAGAUCCUGUCCCUUAGGCUAUACCAGAGGGUACAUGCAGGAGAAAAAUCCUUGGACUGUACUGAAUGUGGUAAUAAUUUUUUUUUUAUUUGCAAUAUUUUCUUUUCACAGGGAAUAUCAGCACGCAGAAAUCUUGUAACUCUCAUAUAGAUACAGCACCAACGGUAAGGCAGUCUAUUUUUGCAUUGUUAAAACUGAAAAGCCCCCAAAUAAUGCUGGUUACAGUAACAUAUUAUAUUGUAGAAGACUUUUUUUUAAUUAAUAGUUUAUUUUUAAUUAGUGAGUCAACGUGAGGGUACAGUUACAGAUUUAUACAUUUUUGUGCUCAUGUUUCUCCCUUACAAAGUUUGAUAACCCAUCCCUUCACCAGUGCCCAUUCUCCACCACCCGUAAACCCAACAUCCCUCCCCCCCUCCCCAGUCCCGUCUCCCCCACCCCACACUGCCACUAUGGCAGGGUAUCCCUUUUUGUUCUCUCUCUCUGAUUAGGUGUUGUGGUUUGCAAUAAAGGUGUUGAGUGGCCAUUGUGUUCAGUCUCUAGUCUAUAUUUGGCCCGCAUCAUCUUUCCCCCACAUGACCAACAACCUGAAUGUGGUAAUAAUUUUAGCUGUUCCACAGCCCUUAAACGACAUCAGAAAAUUCAUAAUAAACCCCUCUGGUUAAGAAAGAAACCGAGCGCUCAGAGUUUACUGAUUUCUUCUUUACACCACUGAAAACUUUAUAAAGAUACAAUAUUUGGCACAUGGUAGAUGCACAAUAAUUAAUGAAUCAACAACGUUUGUGGGAGACUAAAGAAAUAAUUUAAUAGCCUGAAGUGUGUGUUUCGCACAAAGAAGCCGCCCCCCCCCCCAAAAAAAAAGAAAGAAACCGUACUCACCACUCAGUUUUGUUUUCUUUUUUACUUGUUGGGUCACACCCAGCGAUGCUUAGGAGUUACUCCUGGCUCUGCACUCAGGAAUUACUCCUGAUGGUGCUUGGGGGACCAUGGGAUACUGGGAUUGAAUCAGGGUUGGCUGCAUGCAAGGCAAACACCUUACCCAUUGUGCUGUCACUCUGGCCCCACUCAGUUCUUAUUAAAUAAACAUCACUAAUUUUUUUGGGUAGUUUUUUUAUGAAUGUGAUAUGUGUGAAAGAGUCUGUUAUUUGAGAUAGCAUAAAUAAUAGCUUUUCAUUUCUGUCCCUAUUUGAGAAUUACCUUACUUUUAAGAGUACAUAGUUUUGAUGAAGUCACAGGUGUGUGUCACAGUGUGGCUAAUUAUUUUCCUCAACCUAUUGAUUAAUAAGGAAUUGGCAAAUGUUCCUGUCUGAUAUUUAGACAGACUUUUUUUAAUAGGCAGUAGUGUUUUUUUGUUAAUUGCAGCUUUCUAUGAUUUAGUAAGGUCUUUUGCCAUUUAAAAAAGCCUCUUCAAAAUAGAUUUGUCACAUUAAGUCCAUAGAAAAAUAAGGAAAUGAGAAAAAUUUGAUGGCAUGAUUUGAUACAAUUGCAAUCAAAUCUGAAGUCUGAAUUGGUUCCUCAUACUUUUAUCAUUUUUGGGAUCCAAUAAAUUUUUGUUUUAAUUUGGAUUAGAUUUUGCCGCUUGGAAAUAUAGUCCUGAAUUAUACAUCAUGUGUUUGUUUUUUAAAAAAUACUUUGCCUUUCAUAAACUUAUCAACUUUUCUAUAGCAUCAAUAUCCUGAAGAGAAACUUCAUAAUAAAUAUAUGAAAGUUGAAUUCAUAGCCUUACUAAAGCUGAAAGAAUUGUUAUAUUUGAUUUGUUUAAUCUGCUUCUCAGGGCCAGAGCAAUAGCACAGCGGGUAGGGCGUUUGCCUUGCACGCGGCCGACCCGGGUUCGAUCCCUGGCAUCCCAUAUGGUUCCCCAAGCACUGCCAGGAGUAAUUUCUGAGUGCAAAGCCAGGAGUAACCCCUGAGCAUUGCUGGGUGUGACCCAAAAAGCAAAAAAUAAAAUAAAUAAGUAAAUAAAUAAAUAAUUAAAAAAAUAAAUUAAUCUGCUUCUCAUCUAGUAAAACCCUGUAAUAGAGUUUAAAAAAUUGUGGUAGCCGCCGGCUAAUGGAGGAAAGAACCUUCCUUCUUGGUCUCUCUCCCCUCCGGGAGAAGGCGUGGUGUCCGACAUUUUGUGGGUCCGUUGAGAAGGUACGAACUUGGUGGCGCGGAAAAAAAAAAAAAAAUGUGUGCUUUGAACUUGAAACAGCCGCAGGAUACAGAGCCAGCCCUAGUCGGGCCCGUGCUCGGCUCCGGCCGGCCGGGUUUUCGGCCCGGGCGCCCAUGCCCCUGCAGAGCCGGUGGAUGUGGAACAAGCGGGAACCAGAGACAGCUUUAGGAAUUGGUUUCUGGCAGAAUUUUCCCAGGACUUUAUACAGAAAUCCAAAACCGCGGGGACGCAGCAGCGUCCGCGCGACUUAACAUUUAUAAUUGUCAUCAAUGUGAAAGGGUUCCAUUUGAACAGGUCAGACUUGGGGGGGAAACUCCAAAUAAUAACAGUAAGUUUUUGUUGAAAUAUUGAAGGUUCUUAAUGUAACAGCCACCUCUGGACUAUGAGCUAAGCAAAAGCCCCACGCUGGCCAACGUGGCGUGGAGUACACCAUACUAUGAGGCGCAGGAAGGGGGAUGAGGGGGAAAAAUUAAAAAAAAAAAAUGGAAAAGGAAAAAGAGAAAAAAAAAGAGAGAGAGAGAGUUAUGUCAACUAUAGUGAGUUUUGUGUUGAAUUAUGGAAUGUAAUCAAGGUAAAGAAAAAAUGAAGUGAAAUUCAUUAGUUAUACAGUAGGGGGUAGGGGGUGGGGGCGGGGGGUAAACUGGGGUUUCUGGUGGUGGAAUU